GAUACUUCCGGACAGAUACAAGCAAACCUGACUCAGAUAGGUCCCAUUGUUGCGAAAUCUAGUGAGGACAUUGAGGGAUUGCAAGAAGCAUCUCGGAACACUCAAACAAAACUGAAUGUAAUUGAAACAGAUAUCGAAUCAGCAUCCGGACACACUCAAACAAAACUGACUGAAAUCGAAACAGAUAUUGAAGGAUUGAAAUCAGUAAUGCAACAAAUGCGAGAGCAGCUGAGAAGUUUGACUAAAACAUUGGCUUUUUACGAAUUUAAAGACAUCAGCACAUGGUAUCGAGCGCGGAACAACCAUUACUAUCAACUAUUUCAAGUCAGGGCCACCUACGCAAAGGCGAAAGCAAAUUGUGAAAGAUACGGAGGUCAACUGGCAUCGGCGGGAUAUCGAGAUAACAACGUUCGCAGAGAAAUUUUACCCUUGGUCAGAGCUGGAAGAUCCCACGCCUGGAUUGGUUUGAACGACAUUCGAAAUGAAAACACGUUUGUCUGGGAAGAUGGUGUAACGGCAACUGCAGGUUCUAUUCCAUGGCAUGAGGGUGAACCAAACAACGCCUUCGGUAAUGAAGAUUGCGUCGAUAUUGCUUCCGGCUUUGAUUGGAAUUUGAACGACCAAUCUUGUGGCAAAAAACAAAAUUAUUUAUGUGAGAUUUAAGCAUAAUUUUACGUUUUCGACAAGCCAAAGGCUGAUAAUGUCUGGAUAAUAGUAAACUUUUGCAAUAUCAUAUCAAGAUCGGUUGAUAUAAAUGUUUGUAGAUUAUCAAACUCGAAUGAUAGCAAGAAAAACAAAAAUAGGGAAGCAAUUAGAAACAUACAUGUAAAUUUUUUCAUUACAUUCCAUUUGAAUAUUUAGUAUUCCGAAACAAUCUAAAAACGAUGAUUCGGACAUGUAAUUAAUAGGUAUAUACAUGGUGUCCCAAAAGUAAAUAUACACUUUUAAUUUUGAUUUGCUUUUCAGGUACUCAUCACAGAGCAUUCAUUUCUUCUGGAAACAUAGUAUGAAUAACUAGUAACUCUUAGAUAUUGUUUGCAUUUUUCAACAACCCACAGAACGACGAGGAGAUUAACCGAAAAAAUGAGAAGCAAAAUCGCUGAUUGGCAAGAAGCAUAAAAAUACGUAAGGCAAACCUAGCGCCUAUCUAACAGAGAAUUUGAAAUUAAUUCAGCUUUGAAUGUUUUCCUCAAAGCGUCCGUUCCAUGGUUUUGCUGAUCUUUAUACAUCAAAUACAGAUCCAGUUUACAUAAUUUUUUGAUGAAUUGCGUAAUUCUGUGUCGUAAAAGUGCAGAAUGCAAUACUGUUUUAUAUUCGUCCUGCCAAACAGCUAUUUUUCACCUCAUUUCUUGGGCUAAUCUCCUUGUCAUUCUGUGGGUUGUUGAAAAUGCAAACAAUACCUAAAUUUUACUACUUAUUCAUACUAUGUUUCCUGAAGGUAUGAACGCUCCAAGAUGAGUACCUGAAUGAAAAGCCAAAAUUCAAAGUGUUAAAUUACUUUUGAGACACCCUGUAUAUAGUAAAGAUGCUGGGAUCUGCGUCGACACUUGAAGUCGGAAAAUCAAAAUUUUCAAUGAAUAAAUUUUAAGUCAAAUUUCGAACAGUAUUUCCAAGCUAUACGGAACUUAUCAUUAGAGACUGAAUCAACAUUUUGCACUUUGGAAAAGUGAAGAUUCGGACACAAGAAAUGUAUUUUUUCGUGAGGUAGAAAUUUGUAACUUCUUACAGUGUAACAACAAAUUCACUCAUCCCCUUAGCACCUAAAUUAGUUUGCAUAAUGUCCAUAUACAUUUAAGGUAAUUCAGAAAAUAGUUCAAUAAUAGGGUUUAGUUUCUGCAGAAUACAUAUCCCUCAUAUUAUUUUUUAUAUGACGAAUAUUCACGCAUUCUGCUCGGCCACAUACAGGCGGUUUGAUUCGGAGGAACCGUAAUUUAUGCUGUUUGGCAUUGCCUAUACCUAAGUCAUUACUCCCUACUCCCUGGACAAGGUUGUGAGAUUUGAAUCAAAGAGCUGCAAUUUGCGAUACCAGCACACUUAUGAUCAGCUCUUUACCGCUGGGCCAUCGCGCUAGUUAUAUUCAAUGGUUAUAUAGUAAAAAAGCAUCAUAAUAUGUUAUGUCCCCAUGGGAAAAUAAGUUCGUGUAUGUAUGAUAUAUGAUGCCUCCAUCCAGACUUAUCAUUAGGCAAGUUUGGCUUAAGCCUAGGAGCCUCAAGCGUUAGGAGCCCAGACUUUGAAUUUGGAACUGUUAUUCAGUUUAAAGCCGUUUUUCAAUUUUGAAGUUUUAUUUAAGAAUUUUACCGAUUCAAUAACUUAAAUUCAAAACUGGUAUAUGUUUAAUUUUUGAACCAGGUUAUUAAUUGUUCUCGCAAUACAAUCUGUUUACGAAAUAAAAUAAUUGAAUUAUUCUGUGUGUUGAAAAAUUCCUCAACUUAAAAAAAUAUACUAACAGUUUUUUACUCUGAUAAUGCAUUUAUUUUUCGAAAAAGAUGAUGAAAUACCGAUAUAUAGCUAUUAUAUAGCUAAUUUAUUGUACUAUUUUUUAAAUCUUUUUCUAUUGUAUAUUACCAAAAAAAAAUGAUAAAUUUUUAUUAGUAAUGUUUCAUUUGUCCCCUCUCGCGACUAGAAGUGAUUGUCAUUAGGUUACAUAGGUUGCCUUGGGCCAUGACGUUUUAUGUCGUUUAAGGGUUUACUAUUCAACUUACUAUCCAAUCUAUUCGUUUUUUAGCGCAUGUAUGAUGCGUGUUACUGAAAUUUCGUAUUUCACACAAUUUCAACAGUUUUAAUAUCGAAUAUAUUUUACAUAUUUUCCGAUUCAUAUUAUGACGUCCUAGUUGAACGUCGUCCUUGUUGAGGAGAGGUCUCACAAAUGAUAUAGUCCAAAGUCCUCUUACAGUUUAAAUCCGGCGCGGCCACCCCUUUAGUAACCGGUGUCCGUAAUGAUGUUGUUUACUAAUACUCAUCAAUAUCACUUUCUUUUACUAUCAUUGUAUAUUAUCGAAAUAAACCUGAUUACUAAACAGUUUGUUUCGUGUUGAGUUUAUCAAAAGUCUGCCAAGUUUUAUCUAUUGCUGUACUAAUUAGGAUUAGAACACUGAUAUACCGGAAUAAGAUUAGAGGCCGAUUUUCAAAGCGGAGAGUAACAAGAUUAUAUAAAUUGAGGUAUCGCUUUGGUAUGCGUUUAAUCACAUAAGGACAUUCUCGUAGAAUUCCAUUCCCAACCCUAACUAAAAUCAUUAAUAUUACACGUCCGCUGAGAUCGUAUAUCAAAGUAGAUCUAACUGCUUUAUGGUUCUUAUCUUGUUACCUCCUUGUACUGUUAUUGAUCUAUAAGUCAGCCCGAUUUUCUAAAAUUAGGAAAACUUUUUUCAAUGAAUCCUAUUCGAAAGAGAUUUUGAUCUAAAAAUAUUGAAUACUCCUUGGCAUGAACAAUAAUGCAGGUCUAUACAAAAAUGCAUACUACAGAGAAUGAUAAAUACAGAUUCCCAUGACGCAUGUAUUUUGUCUUUGAAAUUAUCUGGUAUAAAUUUACGUCAAUAGAUGUAGAACCUCAGAGCCUAAGGCAAUCAAUGAAUAUAUUGCUUAUAAAUAAUGCAACAACGGUUGACAUAAAUUGUUCGUCUUGAAUUAAUUGGUUUAUAAAAAUAACACCAGUAAGCUCGCUGCUGUGCAAAAGAACUCCACUUUUAUUGAAAAGUACCACAUUCUCUGGCCAAUUAUGAGAGGCAAUUAUUAAUUGGGGUAUUGAGCCUAAAAUAAUAGAUAGAGAAAGACAAAACAAUGUGCUUUUCGAAGAGCAUGUAUACACAAAAAAGUGUACACGCUUGAAUUCCAAAAAUUCAUAAACUGGGUUGAGAUUUAAUAUAAGCACCAUUAAUCUAUACAUUGCAGUUUAGUGCCCAUAAAAUCCUGUCGUAUAUGUGGAUGUGACGCACGGACGUACGAUUAGGUACGGAAAAGUCACCGAAAGCAGAUUUUUUUUCUUGAUGCAAAGGUUCAGAUUACAAAUUGGAAUAUAAUCGACGAGCAUUGUCUCAAAAAACAAUGUCCCAAUUACACCUUUUCAGCACAAGUGUCCUAAUUACUUAUCGAUCUUAAGAUCGGUAAGUAUAUUGAUAGGUAUUUGUCUGUAUGUAUGUAUGUCUGUCUGUCUGUGUGUCUGUUAGAUGCACGCGAUAUCUCACGAAGGCGUGGUU